GCCUAAAACCCCGCCUACCUGUUCGAAACUCAGCUCCUCAGCGUCUCCGAAAGCGGGCCCCAUGUCGUCGUCGGCGGCGCACCAGAAGGCGGCCGCGGCGGCUCCCGCUGACGAGGAGGAGGCCGGGGAGGUCGGGCCUUUCCCCAUCGAGCAGCUCCAGGCGUCUGGAAUAGCUGCACUCGAUGUGAAAAAGCUCAAGGACGCUGGUCAUUGCACAGUGGAGUCUGUAGCUUACUGUCCGAGGAAAGAUCUUUUGCAAAUUAAAGGGAUUAGUGAAGCCAAAGUUGAUAAGAUAAUUGAAGCAGCUUCGAAGUUGGUACCACUGGGAUUUACUAGCGCGACCCAGCUUCAUGCGCAGAGGCUCGAGAUUAUCCAGGUUACAACUGGAUCAAGAGAACUUGAUAGAAUAUUGGAGGGAGGAAUAGAGACAGGGUCCAUCACGGAGCUUUAUGGCGAAUUCAGAUCUGGGAAGACUCAGUUGUGCCACACUCUCUGUGUCACAUGUCAGUGGUUUAUUCAGCUCCCACUGGACCAAGGUGGUGGCGAAGGGAAGGCUCUCUAUAUUGAUGCAGAAGGCACAUUCAGGCCACAAAGACUCCUACAGAUAGCAGACAGGUUUGGCUUGAAUGGUGCUGAUGUACUGGAGAAUGUAGCUUAUGCCAGAGCAUAUAAUACUGAUCAUCAGUCUAGGCUUUUGCUGGAAGCAGCUUCCAUGAUGGUGGAGACAAGGUUUGCACUUAUGAUUAUAGAUAGUGCCACAGCCCUUUACAGGACCGAUUUCUCUGGUAGAGGGGAGCUAUCAGCAAGGCAGAUGCAUCUUGCCAAGUUCCUCAGGAGUCUUCAGAAGUUAGCGGAUGAGUUUGGGGUGGCAGUGGUAAUCUCCAAUCAAGUGGUGGCCCAAGUGGAUGGCAGUGCGAUGUUUGCUGGGCCACAGAUCAAACCCAUUGGCGGGAACAUCAUGGCUCAUGCUUCCACAACAAGGCUUUAUCUCCGUAAGGGAAGGGCGGAGGAGCGAAUCUGUAAAGUGGUAAGCUCUCCCUGCCUGGCUGAAGCUGAAGCGAGGUUUCAGAUAUCACCCGAAGGCGUCACAGAUGUCAAAGAUUGAGACUGCUCUUUGCAUGUCGGAGGGAUACAUAAUGGCCCACGGUGCCAAUGCUUCAUAUCUAUCUCCAGCCUGCUAUCUUCAUGCUAAGCUUGUGCUGAUGAAGGCCCUUCUGUAAAGCAACCUCCAUAGGGCUCCCCUGGAUGGAAAUGUUGUGCAGCCAACAACUCAAAGUUUGCUUGUUUUCUCAGCCUGUUCUUCAUUGCCAAUCUAGUGCACCACUUGCAGCAAGCAGUUAACCAAAUUCAUCGUCACCAUAGCUGCUAUUCAGAUUUCAAUGAUGCUUGGUCGUUUCCUCAGAUUAUGUAAUUUGUAUUUAUUUUUAAUAUCAAAAACAAUAUUCUUGCCAUAGGUUUGAGCGUGCGCUAUCCUGAUCAAGAUUUGUGUGGCGAUGGUUGAGUGAUAAGAAAAUGUAAUUAUUCUCUGUUUAAAAA